AUGGUGAAGAUGCUGGAUGGUCCCAUUGACAUCACCAUUCGCUCCACGGUUUACAAGAAGGUGGCCGGCGCUGAGAUGAGUGUCUUGGACCUGGUUUGUCUGGUUGCAGCUAUCCUGGCCAAUGUCAUCUUCAAGAUGGCGACCAACCGUGAGCUAUUCCCGGACAAUGCCAACAUGAAUGCUCUCAUUACCGCGAAGGAUUUUGAGACAUUGAAGAACCUCUUGACGUCGUCCAACGCGGACAUUGCGGCCCAGGGCUUGACACAAGUAGCGACGAUGUUGGAUUGGGAGCGACGCUCGUGUCGGAGCUCUUCAGUACACUGGGUGUCUUCACAUCCAAGGAGAUUCUCAGCCCAGAAAUUGCAGACCCAAUAUUUUCUGCUGCGAUUGUUCUCCUGGCCAUCGGGCUGA